GUCUUCGCUGGUAUGCCUCCUGACUUCAGAGUCAUACUGUCUCGUGGCCGAAAGCAGGCUCAACAGUACUGGUGUACCUACGAGGACGAGAUCCCAGUCCGACAACUCACAAGAGAGGUUGCCAAUGUCAUGCAGGAGUUCACCCAAUCUGGUGGUGUCCGGCCCUUCGGCAUAUCAUUGAUGAUUGCUGGUUGGGACGAGACGGAGGGUCCACAACUGUACCAGGUCGAUCCUAGUGGAGCCUUCUUUGGGUGGAAGGCCUCGGCUAUAGGCAAGAACUACGCCAAUGCUAA